AACAAUCACAAAAAAAAUGUUCACCAACAACAAACGGCAAGCAGAGAGAACAGGCAAAUACGGCACACCAAGACCGCAACACCUUCAACAACUCAUCACCCAAUUCCAAAACUCCACUAUUUCCAACGAAUCCAAAGAAAAAAUCGUCGCUAAUCUCGCUAACUUCUCCUACGAUCCUUACAACUACGCCAUUCUUCGUGACCUCAACGUUUUAGAGCUUUUCAUCGACUGCUUAACUGAGCCUAAUGAACGUCUCAUUGAGUUCGCUGUCGGCGGAAUCUGCAACGCCGUCGCUGACCCACAAAAUGCUCAGAUUGUUUGUGAUUGCGGCGGUGUUGCGGCGUUGAUUGACUGUCUUUCGAGUCCGGUGAGGAAUACGGUCAAGUUGAUGGGUUUGCUAAUCUUGCUCAGGCUUUGUUGGACAAGAUUUCGAAAACAUGAAUUUCAUGUUGAGGUAAAUUUUUAUCCCUCUUUUUCUAUUUGCUAGUAAUUUCAAUGGUUUUAUAUUGUGUUGAAAGUUUGAUUUUGGAUUUGAAUUUUGUUAUAGUUAGUUGACAUUUAUGAUGAUUUUGUGGGUUUAGGAUGUUUGAAAUUGUGGGAUUUUUGUGGGAAGUUUGAUGGUGUUGAUUUGGUUGAUUUCUUUGUGAAUUUUGAUUUUUGGGUAUGAAUAAUUAGGGCUCGUACGUUAACAGUGAAGUAAACAUGAUUAGUUUAAGUAUGACUAAUUUCAAGCCCGU